GAGGGGAAAAGGGAGGAGCGCCAAGCAGACAGCAAGGUUACACAUGAGAAGUCUGAGGAGGAAUUAAACAAAGCACAGAGAGGCAGAGAAGGGGAAAGAACAGGUAGAGUUGGUCAGGUUUAAGUCUUACCUCACAGCUAAUUACUACUUUCUCACUGUGGCGAGAGAAAGCAAACAGAAACUGGGUAAAAACAGCAAACCGAAAGGGCAGCUGAAGGCAGGAGAGGGGAAAGCAGAAGUAACAAGAAAAGGAGGGAGGGACAGCGGUUAAAAAGUCUGGUCCAGGAGAUUAAUUGAGCAAGAGAAACGGAAAAAAAAAAGGAGUGAGCAAAGUAAGAAAACACUCAGAUACUCAUUGACAGAGAGGUCUGGACUUAACUCCAUGGACUACUGACAUCAGCAAAACAAAGGAAGAAGAGCGUCAGAAAAGAGGUCACUGCGGUCCAGCAGCAGUGUAGCUUGCCCGAGCCUGUCUACUAUGCAACCCAGACAGCUGAGAUAGAUAGACUCACGCACAGACACAGUUCACAAAGGCAGUCCUCUCCGUAGCUGCAGCACCAUGUUGAUGAAAGAGUACCGCAUAUGUAUGCCACUGACUGUGGAUGAGUACAGGAUUGGGCAGCUGUACAUGAUCAGUAAGCACAGCUGUGAGCAGAGUGGAGGGGGAGAAGGAGUGGAGGUGGUGAGGAAUGAGUCAGAUAUUCACCCCCAGUACGGCCGGGGCCAGCUGACCGAGAAGCGAAUCUACCUCAGCAGUAAACUGCCGUCCUGGGCGAAAGCAAUCGUCCCGAGAUUCUUCUACGUGACAGAAAAGGCCUGGAACUUCUACCCGUACACCAUCACAGAGUACUCAGUAUCAUUCCUUCCCAAGUUCAGCAUCCGCAUUGAGACGAGAUUCGAGAACAACAACGGCGAUAACGACAAUGUGUUUGGGGACACGCCGACCCCAGCAGAGAAUGUGAGUUUCCUGGAUAUCCUGACUGACCCCAUCCCUGAAAAACACUACAAAGAGACAGAGGACCUGAGUCGCUGGCAGUCAAGUAAAACUGGUCGAGGGCCUCUGGAGAAAGGCUGGAGAGACGACCACAAGCCCAUUAUGUGCUCCUAUAAGAGGGUGCAGUGCAGCUUCGAGGUGUACGGCUUCCAGACCAGGACCGAGGACUUCAUUCACAGAAACAUCCGGGACAUUCUCCUGGUUGGCCACAGGCAAGCAGUGGCGUGGAUAGACGAAUGGCACGGGCUGAGCUUGGAGGAGGUGAGAGAGUACGAGCAGGCGAUGCAAAAGAAGACCAACAGCAAAGUCAAAUCCAACCAGAACAACACAGGCCCAUCGGCCGCCUCUCGUCCUGUGUUCUCUCGCUCCAUCUCAGUGACAGACGAGCAUUCCCUGAAGAAGAUGGGAGUGACGACAGCGGCCAUGUCUGACCCCGAUGACUCCACUGUGCUACACAGUCCCAUUCGCCUGAACUCCACCCCCGAAUAAUGCCUCAAGCACAGACACACACACAUAUACUGUACAGUGUAAACACGCACAAACCAAUGUCAAACAGUGACAUUAGCAUCACUCUAAGUGGAAGACUUCGACAUUUUGUUCACUUAAUGGGGGAGAGUCAGAUGAGAAGAUCAGUACUUUCAUACCUGUCUGCUAAAUAUACAUCUGCAGGCAGGAGCUGAUUAGCUUAGCAUAAAGACUGGGAACAGGGCAGAAACAGCUUGCCUGGUACUGUCCAUCUGAGCGCUUCUGAACAUGAUUAAUCGAUACAAAACGCAAAGCAUAAAAUUGACAAUUGGCAGUUUUACAUAAAAUACUGAAUUGUUGUUUUGUACGCUUCAGUGUUUGUAUGGAUUAAACAAGUGAGAUAUGCCAUGUUGAACCACUAGACACAGUAGGGCCAGCUUUCCCCCCCUGUUUCCAAUCUUUGUGCUAAGCUAGAUAACCUAGAUAACUGGUUGCUGGCUCCAUAUUCACCAUAAACGUAUGAAAGCAGCAUCGAUCUUCUAAUCUAACUCUUAAUGCUAGACUGCAGAAACAUUUAUCUGACAAAUGCCGCACAAAUGCAUAAGACCAGAAAAACACUCUUUGCCUUCUGAAAGACAAUUUCUAUUGUUGCCUUCGAGGAUCAUUCCAGUGUAUUUAAGAGCCUGUGAAGUUAGUGCAUUUCAGCACUUUCUCUCAGUUCCUCAGCCAUGGUGGAGCUCACCGACCACCAGCAGGGCUCUCCGAUUGUUUCUAAUCCCUGGGCCAGCAGCCUACAGACGGAUGCAUAAGGCGUUUAAUAGAGUGGAUCUAAUGAGAGAGCAAAGGAGAACGGGGGAGACUGUCAAUGUUAUGGAUCUGCUCCCCUCAGCCAAUAGGUCAGACCAGGUGUAUUGACAGAGGGCAGUGAGGCGUUGUAUUGGUUCCUUGAUCGCUUAGCUGAGAGCUGCAAAUGGGUCAAGCCUGGGAUGAACUUCAAUUAUGAGUCAAUGAUGUGAGCAUUUAUAAGACUAUAUAUAGCUUAAUUUUUUUAUGAACAUUUAGAGAAGAAUAUGUUCUCAGCGUCAGGGAUCAAUGAUGAAAUAAUACUGUUGGCUGUCGCCUUCUUUGUAAAAACAUUUAGCUUGAAGUAUAAAAAUGAAUGGGAUGAAAAUGCAUGUGGACAUCACAGUACACUGUAUAGUCUUUUGUAAUGGAUUUUAUCAAUAAAUACAAUUUCUUUCCAGUGA